GACCCUGCACAUAGCAGGGGAUUGAAACUGGAUUCACUGCGGUUCUUUUCAACCCAGGCUGUUCUGAUUCUAUGAUCAGUUUUUAUCUUCCUUCAGCCUGCGUUAGGCUUUUCUGCAGGAAAGUGGUGCCUGUGUCCCCACACACAGCCUGUGUGACAUCAGCAUGUCCUGUUGGUACUGUGCUUUGUUACAGUUGUGAUGUGAAUAUUCAUAGUUGUCGUCUCAGGUAAAGAAAGAUGACUUGUGUAACAAACACAUCUAACACUGCAGGGCUUUUUUUUUCCCCCGGACUUCAGUUUAUUUUCCUCCUCUUUCUUCUUUACCUUCUUGAUGUAGGAGAGAAGUCAGUGGCUUACAGGAGCUUCAUUUUAAGUGUCCCUUUAACCUUUAAGCACUGAAAUUUGCUCCUGAUAUCAUCACUGCUCUGUCACCUGCAGUUUGUAACUGCUUUUUGGUUUUGUUGUACUGUUUCCCCAGAUACUGCUCCUACUUUCAAGGUUUCUUUUGCUGUAGAAAUCCUUGACCUACCUUUUCCAUGUUCUCUUUUUUCUGCCCUGUUACCUCCACAGCUUACCAGAUCUUAUAGACCAGUCUGACACUCUAGAACAGCAGGAGAAACUCCUGUGUUUUGCUGGAUUUCCAGCUGUUUUGUGCUCAGUUAGCUUGUGGGAAGGCUGAUGAGAGGGUGAGCUGACAGAGAACGUGGCAGAGGGGAAAAGCUGAGAAAAGAGAGAUAUCCCUAUAGACAACACUGAGCCAUGAGAUCAACUUAGCUGUCCAAGGAGCCAUAACAUUGCCUGAUAAUUGCACCACGGCCACAGCACAGUUUGCAUUACAUUUCUGAAGUACCCAGGCAGUUACAAUACAGACAGGCUGCUUGGUACUGGUCUGCACAUCUAUGACCAGCAGGCCAAUGUUCUCUACUCUUUUUUCUUUGCGUGUGUCUGAAAUAAAAGGUCAAUUAAUAACUUUGUUAUUAGUCUUUAUUCUGUUCAUCAGUGCAGUCAAUGGCAUGGGCUCUGGUAGCAUAGUACUGCUGCUGGGUGGUGAUACCUGUGGGGAGCAUUGUAUGUCUCAAAGCAGUACUGCUCCUUUAAAAAAGGAGAGCAGAAGUAACAGGGAACAUAAAGAGAAUAACCAGGGGAAAAAAACAUGCAUUCUUUUUGAGAAGAAUGGCAAAAUAAACAGUGAUUUGCAAAGAAGCAAAUAUUGUUUAUCAAAACAAGGCAUUCUUAAAAAGGAAUUAUCUUUAGUUAGUGUUGCAAACCUUUUUGAGUGUAUGCAGAUGAUUUGUACUUACAUGGUAAGAAACUGCCUGGAGUUCCAGGUGUGUGAUCUAUGUAUUUCAUUUAGUCUUCAGGCAAAGUGUUUGAAUAAAAGCCCUCUGAACAAGCUAGAGAUGUUUUCUCAUUAACGAUGGUAUGGAAUGUACAGUUAGCAUCUAUUUGAGUGUGUUUGACACAAGCACAACUUCAUUUGUUGUAGAAAGAAAUCAUGUUCCCAUCUGGAAUAAGUAUAUGGUAAUAGAGAAUUGAGAGACUGAGGUAGUGCUAUUGCUGCUGAGUGGGAAAAGGAUUGGAGUGCUUGGCUUUCAUUUAUAGUCCAUUAAACCUGUGCACUUAAAGCCUGAUCAGUUACUGUUUGCCUGCAGUGAGCCUGGGAUCCCAUUGUUUGUAGACCUUCAAGCCCUACUUGAAAACUAACCAUGAUCUCUUAAGGCAUGUCUGGGUUGUUGCUUCUGUCCUCACCUUUUACUGUACCCUCUGGUUUUAUAAAUUAUGUUAUACCAUCUCUGCAUGCUGCUGGACACAUUGCAGGUGUCAGUAGGACAUGCCAUCUUCUCAUUUUGAACCCUACAGGUGGUCGUAGAGGAUUGAUUUGAAAUGAGUUGUUACAUUUUAUAGACCUCACUUUUUUUGUUGUUACUAACAGUAUUGACCUAUAGCAUCCUGUCCUGUUCUGUAGAGUCUCUCCUUGCCCGCUGUUAGGGGUGGUUUGGAAUCAAACUGGUAUUUACAGCUAUCCAAGACUAUCUUUUUUCAAAGGAACUGUAAUCUGAGAUGGUUCUGUAGUGUGAGAAAGAGCUGAAGGGGCACCGUGCUGUCAGACAGAGUAUUGGUCAGUAGAAAUAAGGAAGAAGAAAUUAUGGCUCAAAGGAAGGCAGUAACCUUGAUGACUUUGCUGUUCAACUUAUCUCUCUUCCUCCUGACUCUUAAAGUGCGAUAUAUUGAUUGUAGUUAUUCUUCCAUUUGAAAUCAGCAGGAACAGUGUUCGGUCCUUGUAGUUUUACACCAGUUUCUCUAGCUGAUUCAGGUUGUUAGUACCAGUGCCAGCGAGGGAAUGGUCUCAGGCAGGUUUAAGGAGCAGCUUGCUGAUGUGUGCUCUGUUUGUAUUGAAGUCUUCCUCCACCAACGUGUGUGUGUAUGAUAGGUGAGAAAGAAAUAAAUUGGCCUUGAAUUCAAGAAAGCAUACAAAGUGGAAUGUGUGAUGUCAGUUGUAAAAUAUGCAGUAGAUUUAUGAAGCAGUGAUGCUGCAGAAGAGCUUGUAUUUGCAAGUCGGUCUAUGACACUGUUAAAGUAAGGGGAGAGGUUUCCCAACAGUGACAGUAACAGCAGGGUGCCCUUUGGAGUUGGAAGUGAUUACAUUUACAAGCUAAACUUCUUAUCGUUCAUUAUGCACCAAUUUUACUUCUCAGAAAACUGAUGAAAUGGUGUUUGGGCUUUUAAUGAUUUCUUUUUUCAUUAGUAUUCCUCCACAGCUUUCUGUAACUGUGUAAGAUCUCGUUGCCAUUUUGUAAAGGAAAUUAGUUUUGUCUGAGAGUUAGAAUAUAGUAAGUCAAGCUGCUUGGGCAAGGCAUCUCUGCCCAGCAUAGCACACGUGGCAAAUAAGUGGGAUGGUGGGCAUGCAGACAGUGGAUAAGUUUAUAAACUCAUAGCCUAAAGCUGUUAAGUUUAGUAUGUGACUUAAUUUAAAGUUUUGAGUUCAGUAUAUGUGCUAGAAAAUAUGUAUUUUGCAUCAAGAAAGCACUCUUCUAAUGUCAUUACUGCAGUUAGUACGGGCUGCAUUACUGUUGGUGUAUUUUUCCCCCCCAAAAAAUAAAAUUAACUGAAUUUUUCUUUAAUUGUUGUAUUCACUUCUUAUUUUUCAGGAGUCUUUGAAAAAUCCUUAGUGGUCAUGACAUUGUUACAAGUGAGAUAAAUUAGCCAGUGGCUCAGAGGGAUGGAUACCCAGAAGACUGCAAAUGGGGCAUACUCCCGUGGAAAAAACUUCACCUGACUAUUGUCCAGUCUGCAAAGAGAAGGGCCAGGUUCAAGUUUUACGGACUUACCGCAUCAAUUUUCAAGAGUCCAUUUAUCUCUGUGAAAACCCUCAGUGUAUCUACCCGCUUGGCUACAAACCAUUUAACAGCAUAAUCAUUUCUGCUGAUUCAGAAAAUCUUCAAGUUCCAUCUAAUGACAAGAAAAGGAAAUUGUGUGAUACCAAUGACCUUUCUCCCAUCGAAUCAAAUCCAAAACAAGCAAGAACUAAUAAAAAAGUUGAGCAGACUAUUAAUACAGACCCUGUUGUUAAAAACUGUGGUGAUAGCUUGAGUAUCCCUCAGUCAAGUGUAUGUGACGUGUUAGAAAAUGGCCAACAAAAAUCUAAUAGUGAGGAAUCCAUCAAUCAGAAGGUGGAUUUUAAAACAACCUCCAACACCAAUGGUCAUCAAGAGAGUCCGCCUAAGAACUUUAGCUCUGGAACACAACUCUUGCCCAACUCUACUCACAGCUCAACAACAUCUGAAGUUUUGUUCAGAGACAAGAACUGUUCCACAAAUAACACAGGUUUAUGUCUUCAGUGGAGAAACAAGUGUAAUCUUUGUUGGUUAGAUUGUGUUUUGUCUGCACUGGUACACUUAGAAGCGUUAAAAUUUGCUCUAGUAGAAGAUGAUGAAAAAUGUUUACUCCAAAGGCUCUUGACAAAAUAUAAUCAAGCAGCUGUUCUACUGAAUACCUGUAAAAGGAGUAAGGUAAAAGAUGUUCUUCCUAAAGCAGAAUUGCUUCUCAAUGAAAUAAGAAACCAGAUUUUUAUACAGCUUCAGCCACAGCUUAAGUGUGAAUUAGGUAAGGAGGAAAGUCCAGUGUUUGCACUCCCUCUGCUCUUAAAACAAGAUCAGCAAGCUGAGAAACUCUUCUUGCAUUCAUUUUCAUGGGAGUUUGAAUGCGUGUGCUGUGGCUACAAAUACCUGGACCGAUGUAGGAAAACACUAACAACGUUCACGAAUAUAAUCCCUGAUUGGCAUCCACUUAAUGCUGUUCAUGUUGCUCCGUGCAAUAACUGCAGUGAUAGAUCUCAAAGAAGACGGAUGAUUUUGGAAGAAGUACCCUCAGUAUUAAUGUUCCAUUUCGUAGAAGGCUUACCACAUAACAACCUGAAGAGUUACUCAUUUCAGCUUGAAGAAGAUGUCUACCAAAUAACAUCUGUUAUUCAGUAUGAUAUGCAUAAGAAGCACUUCAUAAGCUGGUCAUUGAAUCCUGAUGGAACUUGGCUUGAAUGUGAUGAUUUAAAGGGCCUGUAUUGCAGGAGACACAAAAGAUUUGAAGUUCCUCCAACAGAGAUUCAUAUUGUCAUGUGGGAAAAGAAAGCAUCCCGUUUGACAGAAGAACAGAACUCACAGCAUCAGAGUACAAAUAUUGAAGAUUCUACUGCUAAUAAUGUGCAGUUAAAAUCCACAGUGUUGCACCAUGGUUUUGAUAAUGCUGUGGGCAAUAUACUUGAAAAAGAACACCAAGAAGAUUCUGUGAGAAUUCCAGAUAAGAAACAGCAGCAGGUAGCUGGGGGUGAAAGUAGUGUAAAUGGUGACUUAGAAAAUCUUGCACAUGAUGAUCUUUUAACUCAGAUUCUUGGAGAAAGUCCACUUGACUCAGAGAGUAAAUCAGUGCUGAACGCAAAGAUGACAGAAAGUAACCUUGUUGAAACGGGCUCACAGGAAAAGCAGGAAUCAGCUUCUUCAUCUAACACUCCCUAUAGAGGGGAGUUCAUUGGAACCGAUCUAGCUACGAGUGAUACAGACAUGCUGUCUGAAAAUUCCAGCAUUUGCUUAUCCCUACAAGAAUUGAACCUCGCAAGUAUUACCCCUCCUGUACCCAGAAAGCAAGACCCCAACCCAUCCGACUUGUCACUUGCUCAAAGCAUGGGUGAUAGAGCUAGCUUACUUAAUGGAGAACAUGGUUUAAGUUCUGGACAACAGAUAAACUGUAAAUUGCCACCGGUAGAGAAUAUUGCACAAAAGUCACCUGACCUGAAAGGUGCAAGCAAAAUUACAGUUCGUUCUCAGGUUGCAGUUCAUUCUUCUGAUAAUAAUUCCUUUCAGCCUUCAGACAAAGACCAAAAAAGAGGUUUUGUAGGAAGCUGGGUAAAAAAACUGUUAAGCAAGAAUACUUCUUUUCUGCCUUCAAGUGCCUUGAUGCCCAAGAACGAGAAAAGCUGCAGAACUCCCUCAGUGCAGAAGUUAAAUGACACAUGGUUGCCAGUUAAAGGAGCAAGUAACUUUGGUGGAUUUCAAGGCAGAGGUGAAUGCAAAACAUCUCAGCCCCUAACGUCAGCGCUUCCUCGGAGUAAUAAUGCUCAUUGUUUAUCAAGGUUCAAAGGAUUUUCUCAAGGCACUUGUCUUCCCCAGAAUCAUAAUACUGUUGAAGGCCCAACUUGGAAUAAGUCAAGCAAUACUCUGGGUAGCUCUGGUAAAACAACUCAGGUCCAUCCACCCAGCUGUAAUUCAGUGAAGGCAGAAGAGUCAGAUAGUGACAAAACAAGAAAGCUUCGUCUGAAACUGUUAAAAAAGCUUAAUGCUAAAAAGAAGAAGUUGGCUUCACUGGACAGACUAGCAAUGGAACAGGCAAAGCGUGGAAAACCUGUUGCUGGGGAUGUAAGUGCCCCUUCACAGAUUGAAUCUCAUAAUGGUAGUGAAUUACUACAGAGCGUUUUAAGUGAACUGCAGCAUCACAUUGAUGCUGCAGAUAAUUCGUCUGAAUUCAGUGUGAACUCAGGAUGCACUAGCCAUAAUAGUAAUGAUGAAAUACUGGCAGAAUUACUGUCCCCUACUUCAACUGUUGCUUCCUCAGAGGUUCCGAAAAGUGAAGAUGAAUGUAUGUAUAUGGAAAUGGUAAAUAGCAGCAGUGCUGCACCAGCAGAGCCUGCUGAGAAGACCGGUGUAUCUCAUACAGCAGUGACAAGUGAGGACCGCAGUUAUUACGGUCCCAUAAAGGACAGUAAUUACGAACGUACAAUGAGCAAAUCCAGUGUGAAAAAACUUGGUUUUGAAAGUCCUACAAGGGAAGAUAUCCUUGAAGACCUGUUCUCCAUUUCAGCACCAUCCACAAUAGCAGGUGACAUAGAUGUUCCUCAUUUUGAUGAGACGCUGUUUGAAACUUGGUAAAUAUUUGAUUUAUUGGGGUUCUUUAUUUCCACAUGAUGUAUAUUUUGAAACUAAAGACUAUUAAAUUAUAUUUUCUAACAAGUUUAAUUGCACCCUGGCUGUACUUGAACAGUUUCCACUGCAGUUUUAAGAAAACCUUUUAUUGUAGCAGACACAAUAAGGCACGAAAGUGCUUUAAGGCGUAUUUUUUCUGAGAAACCAUUAUUUUAGCGGAUAUAGUUCAAACAUAGCUCCCGUGAGUCUUAAUUCUUGCUGCUUUUAAUAUGGAAAAAGUACCCAUAUUUUAUUGGGUUUGAACAAGAACAUGCCUCGGUAUCCUUGGCGUUGUAAUGGCAUGAGAAGUACUUUAGGUAGCACGGAUCUGUUUGUCAGGAUCACCCACCUCCUGAAGUCUGUUUGUCCAACAUUUAGGGAUAAGAAUCCACCAUUCCUCCAUUAUGGAUUCUUGUCUCCUCUGCUACCAAGCUUGUAUGCAGCGCUCAACUCACACAAUGAUCCUCAGUUUGGAACCUUUGAGAAUUACUGCUCUGUAAGCUCCCCCCCUUCCCUGGAUCCAAAGAAGGACUGAUACACAGUGAUAGUGCUUCCCUUUGAACUAAGUUUUCAUCCUGGGUAACUGAAAAGAUAAUUUGGUUGAGCAUUAUUCAGAGCCAGGUCAUUUCCUUCAAGUAAAAUAACUAAAAUCUGGGCCAGAGCUUGCAGUGCCAAGAAUGGAUACCAAAAGUAGCUUUUAUGUAUGCAUUGCCGCAAGUUCACUAAGAAAAGAAAGGUUUCUGAGAGUGGAACUGUGAAUUAGCACUUACUGCUGUUGUCUGUAGGGCAGCACACCCCUACGUGUAUACAGGCAAAUGGCAAGAAGAGGUGAGGUCCCUAGGAGAAACGUAAUGGACAGCAUGGCAAGACAGCAUUGAGUGGGAAGAGAGAGGAACGUGGACAUUGUGGUGUUCCUGGGUCUGUGUAUGGCUGUCGCUUUGCUAGGUGGGAGUCUGAAAACCAUGGAUGCAGAGCAUAUAGAUCCAAUCUAUAUGCUGGACUGGAUUAACUCUAUGUUUUUCUAGUACCUGUCAUUAUAAUGGGACUUUCAUCAGCAGGUCUUUGUCUCGGUCACUUCUAGAGGUACUCUGCAUUUUCUCCUUUUGAUCCUGAAUUUAAGACUUCAAUCUUCUCUUCAAAUAGGUGUGUUUUGAACAUAACUGUCAUUACAAAGCGUGGCUACAGAUGUAAAUGGUCUUUGAUAGCUUGAACCAGGUUCCGUAAGUGACUGAGAAUCUGUCAGUGGCACUGAAUGCACCUUGACAAGUUGUUUCUGUUGUAAUUACAUACGUGUUUAUUGAACUGGCACUUCAGGCCGUUAAUGGUUUCAUUCUUGGAGUCUUUGUAAAGAAGUGGGGCUCCUGUUUGGUUUAGAUUCUGUAACUGGUACGUUACAAUAAAAACCCGCGGGUUCUGAAUGUCAGGUUGUGACUGUGAGGUACCGCUGUUCUGCUGCUGAAACGUUUGUUGGUCUGCUCACUUUGUAAAAAGAAAUAAAGUAAUAAACCAUUGACCAAAAUUA